CUUCAUGCCUGGCAGAUGAAAUUCACCUCUCCAGUGCCAGUCAUGUAAUUAAAGUAGCAGCAUGGUUUGUGAAUGUUUCUUACAUGACCUCGUGUUUGGUGCGACUCCAAUUUAUUACCCGCUGCUUGCGGCUUGCCAUUUCGUUAUGGUUGCGUAGUAUAAAGGAUACUGAUAUGGCCAACUUUUAACUGCAAUCGUCGAGUCUACUUUCGUUGCAUUUGAGUCACCAUAUCUUGAUAAAGCCCUGAAUUUAAAUCAAUCUGUCACCAUGAAGACUACGCUUGUAUUGCUUGCUCUAUCCUAUCUUGCUGUUGCAGCUCCUCAAGGAGAUGGGCUUACUGUGAAGCCUGGUGCUUGCGAGUGCCCGCUGGUCUACUGUGUUCAAGCUGAGCCGAUGCGCUGCGAAUGCCAGCGAAAUGCUGCUCUAGAAUGCAUCGAAAAGAACAACGGCAACCCAAGAUGCCCUCAACCGCCGACAUGCGAGGCUUCGCCCACCAGGCCCACUCCCUCAGAUCCCCCGGGAGUCACACCAAUUCCGCUCCCUGAACCGAUCCCAGAUUCUUGCGGGGGACGCGGAGGACCAACCUGCCCCGACAAGUUCGAGUGCGUCCAGAAACCGGGCUCGCCGUGUGGCCCAGAGUCAGACUGUCCCGGUGUAUGCGUGAGAAAGCGACAGUACUGCGGCGGACUGUUGGGCAUUCAGUGCGAUGAAGGGGAGCUCUGCAUCAACGAUCCGUGGGGACCGGAGUGCGGUAUGGGUUGCGAUGUGCCGGGAAUCUGUGUUUCUGGAUCGAGCAAAAUGUGUGGAGGAUUUGCAGGAUUCAAGUGUGCAGGGCCGGAACAGGUCUGUGUAGAUGAUCCUAGAGACGAUUGCGAUCCGAAAAAUGGUGGAUUUGACUGCGGUGGACUCUGUGUUGGCUAGACCAUUACAACCGCAUUCAGAAUGCACCAGCGUCAUUGACAUCAAGGCGACGCAGUUGCGCAGCCCCAAAAUUGCAAACUUGUUCCUA